AUGACGAGAGGUGCUUAUGUCCGAAGGGCCUUGAAAUUGAGUGAUGAUCUCCAUCUAAAUGAAAUAGAUUGUGUUCGCUUGCUUGUUUCUGCCAACCAAGAGUGGAGCUUAAUGGGACGAGAACCGUCAGAAAUUUUACGUCUUGCAGCAGGAUUAUGGUAUACUGAGAGACGUGAUCUAAUAAUGGCACUUUAUACACUCUUGAGGGCAGUUGUUCUUGAUCAGGGACUUGAUGUUGAUCUUGUGGCUGACAUUCAAAAGUAUUUGGAACAUCUUAUUCGAGCAGGGCUUAGACAACGGUUGAUUUCUCUUAUAAAGGAACUCAAUCGUGAUGAACCAGCUGGUUUAGGUGGGCCCCUCUGUGAACGCUAUCUUCUUGAUUCUAGAGGUGCUCUUGUUGAGCGGCAAGCUGUGGUUUCUAGGGAAAGACUAAUCCUUGGACAUUGCCUUGUGCUUUCAGUUCUAGUUGUGCGGGCAGGUCCAGAAGAUGUAAAAGACAUCUUUUUGGCUUUAAAAGACAGUGCUACCGAACUAAGUGAGAGAAAUGGCACGUUAAAGCAUCAGAUAACAUUUAGUCUUCUUUUUUCUCUUGUGAUUACUUUCACAUCAGAUGCUCUUGGCACAGUUCGUGAUAGAUCAUCUGUCUUAUCUCGUGAUGCUUCAUUUAGAAAAGAAUUCCAUGAAAUUGUGAUGGCUACCUGCACCGAUCUAAACGUGGAGGGUUUUGUUGGUGGUGUAAGGCUUGUUUGGGCUGUACAUUUGAUGCUGAUAUAUGACGAAUUUGCAGCAUCUGAAACAGUUUCAAAUAUGUUAUCAAAUGACUUGGGUUAUAUAAAAUCUUGCUUGGAUUCCGUUUUCUCAAAUAACGUUUUCCAGUUUUUAACUGACAAAGUUGUUGGUACUGCAGCCUACCAG